AUGAAAUGCAGCCCCGAGCACCUAGGUCGGAAGUUUGGUGGCCUCGGGGGACCAACGAGGAACCAAAAGGCCCCAGGCCGGCCCAGGAGAAGCGGCCGGGUCCCCGCCUGGCCGGUCCCCUCCGGGAAAGGAGACGCGAGGCCUAGAGGGUUCAGCUUAGGCCGCAAAACUAGGUCCCCAGGAGGACCCACGCGCGGCGCCGGCGCCCGGGAGCAGAAUGCCGUGGCCGCGCCGAGCCCCGGGCCCCCGGCGUCCCCGCCGCGCGGCCGCCCCUCCCCAGCGAGCCCGCCACCCCCGCCAGCCGCCCGCGGCCCGAGCCCCGCGCCAGGAAGCGGAGGACGCGGCUCCGCACUUCACAUUUUGUUCCGUAACUUCAGCAACCGAGCCCGGCGGCGUCUCCCACCCCUCGGCCGCCCGGCGCCACCCCGGCACCGCCGAGGCCUGAGCGGCCGCUCCGGACAACCCGCCGGGCCUCGGCGCGCGCCCUCCCCUGCGGUCUCCCCUUCCGUCCCUCCCUCGCCGCCGCCGCUGCCGCCGAGGGCGCGAGCCCGGCCGCCGCUUUACCUCCUCCUCAUGCGGGCGGACGGUGCAGCGAGCGCCGGGCCUCUGUCAGGUGGUUGUGCCGCCGCCGCCGCCGCCCCUCGUCGGCCUGCACACAAAGCGGCUCCGCGGGUCCCGCCGCCGCCGCCCGCCCGCCCCGGAGCGGCGCUGGGGCUGGCGGUGCCGAGGAGCAGCCGCCGCGGGGGGAGACGCGGGCCGAGCGUGCGCCGGCCGGGGCGACACUGCCGCUCUCCGUCGGGCAGAGGAAGCGCAGCCUCGGCCGCGACUCCUCCGAGAGCCCGCGCGCGGGUGCACGCCCGCGCGCCCCCCGCGCCCGCCCGCUCGCUCUCCCUCCCGCCCGCACCUCGCGCCCACCCGCACCCGACGCCCUCUCGCCGCGGCGCGCUCCCGGCUGCCCGUGCCCCGCGGAGCCGGAGCCGGAGCCUCGCGCACACCCAGAGCCCGUCACGCGAGCGGUGCGAGAGCACGCGAGAGCAACGCGCGCCUCGCUCCCGCCCCUUCUUCCGCCGCCCGAGCCCCCGCCUCCCUCGGGCCCGACGCGGCCGCGCGCCGGGCUGGACAGCGCCGCCACCCGUUUGGCGCCAAGACCUGCCCGCGCGGGCACCUCCGUCCGGGAGGCCGGCAGCCGAGCGGGCGCGCGGAGGAGGAGGAGGAGAAGGAGGAGCCCCGGUGGCGGGAAGUGGAGCCCGGGAGGCGCUGGCCUGGGACGGGACGCUCGCCACCCGCGCGGAGUUCGGAAGCUUGGAGGCGUGUCUGGUGGGGACGUGGGAAGCGGACGGGUUGAAAAAUGGUUAA